AAGCUGACACAGUCAAUGGCCUGCUUUUGUUAAGGGGCGUGUUCUUACUAUCUCGACCGAAAGCUCCGCUCUGUCUCUGUAGCUGGCGAGCUGCUAACUUAACUAUCUACCCAGGCGGCGACGGUCGGUCCUAGUAGCAAUACGAGGUUGAAAAUAGCCAGCUAGCUCCGUCAAAAAACAAUCUAAUUUAACUAGCACUUGAUCAGAAGUUGGGGUGCGGUACACGCAUCCAAAUUGAUGAGUACGCAAAAUACAUCUGCAUGAAGGAAACUAUGGAAGACUGAGAGAAAGAGGACAUUUUAUCGGCGAUUCUUUUGCCGGUUCUUCGGCCAAGCCGCCAGCGCGAAAGAUUCUCCUUCUCUAAAGACGGUUUGCGGAGUUUCGGCUGGAACACAAGGUCAAUAUACGUGGGGCUGCGUGGUGUGGGCGCCCAUGAGAAAACCACGACGGAGAGGAGGCCUGUCUGGGGCCUUGGACGACCGACAAAGCGAUGCCACCGGCAGUGAGGAACCAGAGAGGGUGUCACGGCCGCGGUCACCCUCUCCCUAUCGCCGUAAGGUUUCACCCUCCAGGGAAACCCUGACGUAUGCCCAGGCACAAAAGAUUGUGGAAGUUGACCUGGAUGGAAGGCUGCAUAGGAUCAGCAUCUUCGAUCCUUUGUCUGUCAUCACUGAAGAUGAAAUGACAGCUCAGGACAUCGCAGAGUGCAACAGCAACAAAGAAAACAGCGAACAGGCCUUAGCGACUACGAUCAUCGUCUCGCCACGCAGAACACCUGCCCAUAGAGGUAAAAAGAAGGAUGCCAAGCAGCAAAACCACUCUCACGGACAAUCUCAGGCACAGUCGAACAGCCACAGUGGCUCCUUACCCAAACCCACCUUCAGAUUAUUGGAGUCUUACGAACCAACGGAGACUCCGUCUCGACCCACGGCUUACUACCGCUUCAUUGAGAAGUCUGGAGAGGAGUUAGAUGCGGAUGCCGAGUACGACAUGGACGAGGAAGACACGGCGUGGUUGGAGCUGGUGAACGAAAGGCGAGAUUCCGAAGGCCAGACGGAAGUUUCGCCGGACACUUUUGAGCUUCUGAUAGACCGUCUGGAAAAGGAGUCCUUCCUGGAGUCGCGAAGCCAGGCGCCCUCGCAAAGCGAAAUAGAUGAAGAUGCCUUCUGCUGUGUGUGUCUCGACGACGAGUGUCUCAACAGUAACGUCAUCCUCUUUUGUGAUAUUUGUAACCUGGCCGUGCACCAGGAGUGUUACGGAGUUCCUUAUAUUCCGGAGGGUCAGUGGCUCUGCCGCUGUUGCCUGCAAUCGCCCUCCCACCCCGUAGACUGCGUGCUGUGCCCUAAUCAGGGCGGUGCUUUCAAACAGACCAGCGACGGGCGGUGGGCACACGUAGUCUGUGCUAUUUGGAUCCCAGAGGUGUGUUUCGCCAACACUGUCUUCCUUGAGCCCGUUGAGGGUGUGGACAACAUCCCACCUGCGAGGUGGAAGCUUACGUGUUACCUGUGCAAACAGAAAGGUCGCGGGGCGUCCAUCCAAUGCCACAAGGCCAACUGCUACACGGCUUUUCACGUCACGUGCGCGCAGAGAGCGGGACUCUUUAUGAAAAUCGAACCGGUUCGAGAGACCACCGUGAAUGGGACUACGUUUUCGGUGAAGAAGACGGCGUUUUGCGAGGCGCACUCGCCGCCUGUGAAGGAGGGGUCUGAUGAUGAAGAUGGCGGAGGGAGGGUUUUGGGAUGCAGAGCUAACAGGGGCCGCAGUGCCUAUACUCAGACGCCACAGCUGAAAAAGUGUAAAAACAGUAAACUGGAUUCCAAACGGCAGCAGAAAAAGAAAGGAACAAAAGAUGAGGCGUCCAAAAAACCAGCAACACCGUUGGUCACUGUCCCAGAAAUACCUGCUCACAGGUUAAACAAAAUUUCAAAAGACGUUAUCAUACAGAAGAAGAAUCAGUUCAUGCAGAGACUGCACAACUAUUGGUUACUAAAGCGUCAAUCACGCAACGGAGUGCCUCUCAUUCGCCGUUUACAUUCACAUUUACAGGGCCAGAGGAGUGCAGAGCAGGUUAUUGCGGAGCCAGACGAAAAAUUGAACGCUGUGAGAGAAGAGCUGAAAUACUGGCAGAAGCUUCGUCAUGACCUGGAGAGAGCUCGACUCUUGAUCGAGCUCAUUCGCAAGAGAGAGAAACUGAAGCGAGAGCAGGUGAAGAUUCACCAAGCUGCGACCGAGCAUCAGUUAAUUCCAGUCCUGGUACUGCUACGGUCCACCCUGGACCAGCUUCAGGAAAAAGAUACUGCGAAAAUAUUUGCACAGCCUGUCAACUUGAAAGAGGUACCUGAUUACCUGGAGUUUGUCUCGCACCCUAUGGACUUCUCCACCAUGAGAACCAAAUUGGAGGCUCACAAAUAUCACUCGGUUACUGACCUAGAGUCUGAUUUCAACCUUAUGAUCUCCAACUGCCUGCUUUACAAUGCUAAAGACACUGUGUUUUACCAAGCUGCAAUACGACUGAGGGACUUAGGGGGCGCCAUCCUGAGGCACGCUCAGAGACAAGCCCAAAACACAGGCUUUGAUCUGGACACGGGCAUGCACCUACCAGAAUCACCACACAAAAAUGACUACUACCGCUGCACUUUGGAGGAUGUGGAUACGCUGCUAGAUCCUGAUAAUCGAUUGCACAUGACGGCUGAAGACCAGCUGAGGGAGCUGCUAGACAAAUUGGACGUGGUGACCUCCAUGCGCACGAGCGGAGCACGCACACGCCGCAUCCGCCUGCUGCGGAGGGAAAUCAACAGUGUUCGCUAUAGGCAGCGCUCAAGGAACUCGCACAUGCUCAAUGGAGACCUUAAAGAGGAAGAGGACGAAGAUGAAGACAAAGAGAUCGAUGGUGAGCAGCAUAACAUGUCAGCUUCGUCGUUAGACAAGGAUGACCUUAAAUCAACCCCCCCACCCACACUGGAGCCCACAGGCUUGGCGUUGUCUCCUCCCCCAGGAGACACACCCCAGGACCCUCCCACCCUCCGACCCAUGACAUCGGACCCCAGGACAUCUCCGUGCCCACCCAAGCGCCUCAAACUCAACAGCGAGAGCCAAGAAGCAGAUACAGACCCCGCCUCUGUCAACAGCUGCACCAAACCUGAAGAUCGUCUGCCUGCUAGCGAGAACAAACUUAUCAACGGCCUGUCCUCACCGACCCGUCCCACGACGGGAGUCGGGCGACGAACGUCUGUGCUCUUCAAAAAAGCAAAAAAUGGAGCCAAGCUCCAGCGCGAAAGAGACAAUCAAACGCAGAACGGAAACAGAGAAGAGCCGAUCAAAACUGAGCCGGUCACUGUUCGCACACCCAACAAAACCGAAACUACAGCCCAGCCAAAACCUCAGACACCUCCGCCCAUAUCAACCCCAACCAAACAGAGAGCGAGAAGCAGAAGCCGUAGCCCAGAGUCAGAGAAAACUCCUCCUCGCCUUACUAUUGAACCAGCUCUGACAAACGGCUUCAGGAAGCACAGAGACGGCAGUUCUGACUCAGAAUACAGCGCGUCGCCGAUACUCCGGGAACUUGCCUCACCACCCAAGAAAAGUCGAGGGAAACCUGCACUGUCCAAAGUCCCUUUCUUAGAGACUGUUAAUGGAGAUGCUGACUACACAGGGACUGAUGUGCUGUCAAAUGGUGACAUCUUUGAACCUGAACCUCUGGACCUGGUGUGGGCCAAAUGCAGAGGAUAUCCGUCAUACCCUGCUCUGAUCAUAGAUCCAGACAUGCCUCAGGAAGGUCUGUUGCAUAACGGUGUGCCCAUUCCUGUGCCUCCUCUCGAUGUGCUGAACUUGGGGGAACAGAGACAGGAGGAGGCCGGCGAGAAACUCUAUCUUGUCCUCUUCUUCGACAACAAACGCACCUGGCAGUGGCUUCCACAAGAUAAGGUGACUCCUCUGGGCGUGGACGACACAACUGAUAAGCUGCGUAUGAUGGAGGGCAAGAAGACCAGCAUCCGGAAGUCCGUGCAAGUGGCUUACCAUCGAGCUAUGAUUCACCGGAGUCGCGUUCGGGGAGAACACGGUUUCGCCAGCUCCAAUUUCCUGUAGGACAGAAGUCCUCAUCUACCAUUUACAUGGGUGCAUGACCUUAAAUCUGUUCAACCACCAUAGCAGACUAAGAGUGAUUUAUGUGGUUAAUGCACCAGGUACUAGUUUCCUGAGCAGAUUAGCGGUUUAGUUCUAACCUGAAUGUUUGGUAGAGAGGUGUUUUAUGUUUUUUUUAUUUGUUUGAAGCUAUGGUUCAUAUUGGUUUGGGUUUUAGGGUGGCCGUCAGUUAAUUGUGUUUUUACUGGUGUCACUUUAUAGUGAUGAGUUUAAAUCCCCCAGACUCAGAAUUUUAGCUUUUGGGUACAUUUCAUUUUUGCAAAAAUCGUCAUUUUAAAAGAACGAAUGAAUAAUAUUAAGGUUUGAAUGAAUCACUGCCAUGUUCUUACGAUAGCUUUUUAAAGUUUUACAAACCACUUCUUGUAUAUUGUAAAGACACUCGUGUAUAUAAGUGUUUUUUAUCGUAUAGUAUCUAAAUUAAUUUUUUCUUUGGUUUAUUGUGAAAUAAAUUGCCUGGAGGUAGGAUGAAAUGAAGAAGGAUCUGUACAUACAUGUAAAGAUUUUCAAAUGAACUGACUUAGAAAGGGUCUUGCUUAUGAUAUCAGAGAGUGUAAGUAUGUUCAUUUAUAUGUACAUUACUGGCAUACGUUAUAUGUAUGUGUAUAUGUACCAACCUGCAGUUGUCUAUGGUUAAAUAUAUAUUCUCAUUUUUUGAUACAAAAAAAAUGUAAUUUAUUUAUGGACAGCAGAGAGUCAAAGGAAAUAAAUUAUAUUGGUUGAAGAUGGAAAUCAAAUCUCUUAUUUAAGAUAAACUAUUGAAUAGACUUUUAAGAUCUAACUACACAUGAGAUGUAUCAUACACUUGCUGUUCAACAGUACAAAUCCAUUUCACAGUCAAGCACAGAGCCUUGUAUUUAUUGUAGAAAGAUGUCGAGCGUUUGUUCACUGUUUAUAAGAUGGAACCUCCAAGAAAUUUUAAGCUUGUACAAACUGCAGAUUUUACCAACCCACCAAAUAAUCUGUUCAAACAGUAUUUUCAUUGUGGGAGAAAUAAAUGUCUUAUUGAA